UUAUUCACAUAUGAUACUUAACUUGUUUUAGAGAAUAUUAACAGUGGUUUUAAUGAUAUGUCAGUGUUUUUCUCCUGUUAUUCUGAGGAUUGUGUUUGUCUUUGUGUCCUUGAGAGUUUGACACACCUGCAGCUGUAGGUGAUUUGAGUUAAUCAGUGAUGAAAGUGAACAGAUCAGUCUCUGUGCGGAUCCAUAAUCAGGAGUACAGUACAGAAUACAGUAAUACAGACUUAUCAACUUACCUCCGUUCACGAGAGUGUGUGUGUGUGUGUGUGUGUGUGUGUGUGAGAGAGAGAGUGUGUGUGUGUGAGUGAGAGAGAGAGAGAGAGAGGGUGUGUGUGUGUGUGUGUGUGUUUCUGUGUGUCAUGUUGUGUUCAGGUUUGAUUCCUAGGUUUGUCAGAAUGUUGGAGGAAUAGCUUGGACUCAUUCUGGUGGUUUGUGAUGUUGAUUUGUGUGACCGCAGGAUCGGUCAGUAUUUUAGUUUUCAUCUCAAGAAGUCUGGUGUAGGGUCAGAUGUCAGUGAUUGGAUGGUCACUAACUGAAGUGGGUGAGUUUGAGCAGGUUAUGGUGGAGGUCAGAGGUCAGAGGAAGCACUUACACACGUGAUCCAGCAGGCGGCAGCAGAGGUGUGCUUCUAGUGUUCAGAUUCAGUGUUAGAGUAAUGCGCUCAGACACAGAUCGGUCUUCUCUCAGUCCUUCAUGAGGCACAUGUGAAGUCUGGAUUGAUCUGGAUCAGAGGGUUUCUGCUGGUCUCCGUCCAUUUAACACACAAGAUCAGUUCAGAUCAGUUUCAGAUCUUCCCAUAAUGCUGGAUUUGUUAUUAUUUUGCUUGACUGAUAUUUGAUUUGGACCCUGAAUUUAUUUGCAUGUUUAUAAAUGAUUUAAAUAUGUAAUGUUUUUUCAUGUAUCGUACUUAAUAGAAAAAUAAAUGAAUCUCCAUUGAGACAAAAGAAGUUAUUAGAAGAUGAAUUGAGAUGUGUGGUUUUUCAGCUCUUCGUCUGCUGAUCUUCUGAGUGUGUGCUGUACGAGUAAAGCUUCUGUGUCUGUGUAGUUACUCAUGGGUAGUGUCUGGUUCGUUUAGUGUUUGUGUGUUGGGUUAGUUUCUCUCUCUCUCUCUCUCUGUGUGUGUGUGUGUUCCUCUCUGUCUUUCACUUCCAUGAUCUGUCCUCUGAUCCCACGGCAGACGCUGACGGACAGUCAGACAGGAAGUGUUCGUAGAGUAAAGCUGAGCUGAUUCUGUUAGUUUUGAGCCAUGGAUUGGGAUUAUUAUGUGCCUUUACUAGAGACUCUCCACAGGCUGAAGUUGAUGAGUUCUCCCAGUCUGAGUGAUUUGGGUCGAUCAGAGAGAUCAGCGCUGGAUGACAGGAACGACCAGGAGCACCGAGCUGGAGCCAACGCCACCUGGAACAGCAUCCAUAAUGCCGUGAUCGCUGUGUUCCAGCGCAAGGAUCUGGGAGAGAAUGAGCUCUAUGUGCUGAAUGAAGGCGUCAGGCAGCUCCUAAAGACUGAGUUGGGCUCCUUCUUCACAGAGUAUCUGCAGAAUCAGCUGUUGACGAAGGGAAUGGUGAUUUUGAGAGAUAAGAUUCACUUUUAUGAAGGUCAGAAGCUGCUGGACUCUCUGGCAGAAACGUGGGACUACUUCUUCUGUAAUGUUCUGUCCAUGCUGCAGGCCAUCUUCUACCCCGUCCAGGGGAAGGAGCCGUCUGUCCGUCAGCUGGCUCUGCUGCACUUCAGGAACAUCAUCACUCUCAACAUAAAGCUGGACGAUGCUCUGACUCGACCGCGCGCUCGUGUGCCGCCCUCCAUCAUUCAGAUGCUGCUCAUCCUGCAGGGGGUUCACGAGUCUAAAGGUGUGAGCAGUGAUUACCUGAAGCUGGAGUCUCUGGUGCAGAAGGUGGUGUGUCCGUAUCUGGGGACGCGUGGCCUGUUCUGCGGCGAUGGCUCGGUGGCUCAGAGCUCGUGUGUUCUGGAGAAGCGUCUCCUGCGCCGAUGGCCGCGCUCCAGCGACUCGCACGCCAAGAACCUGGUGGUGCGCUCCAAGAGCUACAACAUCCCUGUGCUGACGCCGCUGGAGGAGCACGACCCCGAGAGCAGCGCCGCGGUCAGACGUCACUCCGUGUGUCAGAUGACGUCCUGCGCAGAAGAGCCAGACGUCUGUGAGGAUCCGUCUCCUCCCGUCUGCUCCGAGACCAUCGUGGACCAGAUCCUGGAGUCUCUGGACUCAGACACCGAGGGAAUCUUCAUCGACUUCCGCCGGCAGCGUUCCAGCUCCGACUUCAGCCGGGAGAGCCAGAGCGCAGUGUGACCUUUGACCUGGAGACACGUUCGGCUCGACCAGCCUCUGACCUGAAAGUGUCCAGCUGAGAUUCUGCUCUGGUCAGACGAGCCUCGACAAACACUAAUGAAGCAGGCAAUCAUUCACUUACACUAACUAGGAAACACACCACCAGUCCAGCGUCCUCCAGCUGUAUUUAUAUUCAUGUGAGGCAGUGAAUGUGUACACGGACGCUUCAGGAAGGGCUCAUCUGUGGCGAGGUGACGCUCUUCAUCGAAAACAUUCAGUUCCUCAUUAUACCUGCAGCUUUAUGAGCUCAGGUUAAACUACAUGAUUACUUCAGCGAACCAUUUCCUUGAAAAGAGUUUAAAAUAUGAGAUCACAGCAUGAACCUAGUUAGCUAGCUAGUUAGCAGAUGGUUGAUGUGAGCGCUGCAAACACUUUCCAUUAAAAGAUUUAUUUUGUGCAGAGUUGAAUGUUGUGACACAAGCGUCUCGUGAAGCUGGAUGUACCUUCAUCUGAGACAAAAAACAGCUGAAUGUCUGACAGAAACUAGAAACACGAGAGUCCAUCUGAAAAACAAGACAUUCAGUUUCUCCAUCUCUCUUUUUUUUUCUUAAAUAGUGUUUCUUUGUAACA